AUGAAAGCAAGGUGGCUUUUCUCUCUCUUUUGUUUGCUCUCAGUGCCCAGUGUCACAGGCCAGACUGCAGAUGUCAUUACCCAGAUAGAAGUGGUCCAUGGUCUGCCAGGUACUGACAUGACCCUGGUGUUAUGUUUGUUCCCAAAACCGCACAGCACCCACAUCAUACAGACACAGUGGUCCGAGACUGACAGCAGCCCCUCUACCAAAGCUGUAUAUCACCCCAUCUAUGGCACCCAUUACUUUGGGUUUUCUGAGGCUCCUUACAACUUUUCAGUGUCCUUCAGCACAAGGAUGUGCUGCAGUGGGGACAACACAGGGUCCUUGUGUUCCACCAAUCCAAAUGUCACAUCUGAAUGCAAUUGGUGGAUGCUGCAUCUGGAAAAUAUUACUGUGUCACUUACUGGGCAAUACAAAUGCACUUUUGCUACUUAUCCAUAUGGGACAAAGGCCACAAAAAUUCAACUUGCUGUCAAGGCAGAAGCUUACCCUGAGAUCUUCAUCAGCCAUCACCUCACAGAAGCUGUCGUGAGGAAGGCAUCUCCUAAGCCAAGCCCCCUGUGGUACAUGGACAGAGUGAGCCUGACAGAGCAGCCUGCAGAAAUUUCUGUGGUACAAGAAGACUUGCAAGACAGUGAAGGUUUCUAUGCAUUGAGAUUAACACUGAUGCUGCAAGGGACCCAUAAGACACAUAAAAAAUUCUUAUGUGUGUGUCUGUUUCCCUUCCCGGAAAAUGAAACACAGAAUAUUUCAUCUGAAGAAAUAUUUGUUUCCUUCGACAAUAAGUCUAAUGAAGCCUCAGCUGAAGUUUUUACUACCACGGUUUCAGAUGACUUCGGUAAUUCAACACUUACAUCAGCUGUCAUGACAGCCUCAGAGCACCAGUCGACAUCUGUGGCCUCUCUGGAUUUCACAAGUUCAGAAAAUUUGACUCCUGCUUCCACAACACAAGGUGACAGGAGGAACACCAAAGCCAGUCACUUCCUCUGGCCAACAGUCGUGGCUGUCCUGCUCCUCUUCUGCAGCGCUCUGGUACCUUUAGGCGUCAGGAAAUGGUGUCAGUACCAGGCAGAGAUUAUGAUGAACAGACCUCCAUCUUUCAAGCCACUGCCACCUCCAAUAAAGUACACCUCCAUGGCAGAGUGUGAUGGGACUCCCCUAUCCUGCCACAAACUGGAAAGCCUGUAA